AUGCAUUCGUGUUUCUUAAAGCCUGGAACUUCUCUUCGUUUCGCGACGGGGGUUGAACGGUUCGCUGCAGAGCUGUUACCCAGGCCUCUCGCGUCCGCCCGCAAUGGAACCGAUGGAACCGUUCCUGCGAGCAUUGACCCGCCGCUGCAUUCCAAAACCAAGACCGGCGAGCCUCGAGUCCAUGUGGAUGAACUACCCGCCUUGUAUCGAACGCGCAGCGGAGGGACCCCCAAGACGAUAUCAACCUUACGACGUGCCAAUACCGUCGCACAAAGUGGCAGUACAAUUAAGAAGAAUUUGGAACUGAAGGCUUCCCGAGAUCGGACAGCUACGACAGGCCUGCGAGCUAAGGACAGCCAUGAAUUGUUACGAAAGACCCCAUUGCAACGAUCCCAGACACAUCGGGGCCCGCUGGAGGCACGUCCAGCCCCGAGGAAAGCAGGUCAUUUUACGGUUGGCAGUGUCGGCCAGAAUGGGAAGAUCUUUCUCAGUAAGCUAACAAUAUUUCCCCCCGUAAUUAGGCCGAUUGCAAAUCCCCAACAGAAACCCUCCCAUACAGUCCCAUUCGCACCGAUCGAUCCAGUGACGAAUGAUCGUCUCCAACCGCCCCAUCACUCGCAUGUUCGAGACGAUCCAUCGCGAUGGUCCAGUUCGCAGCUCUCCGAACUACGUCCGCGUGGGGAUAUACACGAGGACAAUAAGUCGGCCGUUACUGAAUACACCAAUCCUGAGACAACUGGCCGCAUCCUCCAGAAAUCAACCUCUUUCUCGACAUUAUCAGAGCAACAAUCUGUAGCAGGAGCGGGGAAACGUGGGGAGCUGCGCAUUGUCAUUGAUAGAUCUGAUGAUCGGCCCAAAUCUGCAGACGAGAAGACCCCCAACACCGCUUUGGGGGUUCCUAUGACCCAUUACCGACUGGGAUCGCCACGGUUUAAUAGAGAGGGCAGUGCAGCCCUGCAUAGUUCCGUCUAUACGCGAACCUCAAUGUCCGAUAACUUUCGGAAUUCAACCUGGUUGGGUAGCAUGGCGGACCCGCUGCCGACUCAUCUGUCCAGUGCAUAUGGCAGGGAAUCUUUUUCGCGCUAUCGGCCAUCCUUCGCGGUCUCCAUGUUCUCGGGGCCCGCAGCCAUUGAUCUUAGCCGGGCUUCUCCAGCACCAAGGAACUCGAUGGUUUAUGAAUUGAAAGGACCAGUAGAGCCCUCAAUUUACGAAACCUUGGUGUCGGAUAUGGAUGGAGAAACCGUUGUACGAUAUAUUCCCGGUACCAAGGAUAUAAGUGCUGCUACGCCUGCUCGGAUUGUUGCCCAGAUUUCUUCAGAAUCAUUCAUGGACUAUGAGCUGGUUUCGGACUUUUUUCUAACGUUCCGCUCUUAUCUCUCGCCUAGCCAUCUUCUCGCCUUGCUUCUUGCGCGCUUGGAAUGGGCUAUCAAUCGGCCGCAGGAAGAUGGAAGGAUUAUUCGUAUCCGCACCUUUGCCGCUCUCCGCCACUGGAUCUUGAACUAUUUCAUCGAUGACUUCGUCACAAACUACGAUCUCCGGGCUCACUUCUGCGAAACCAUCAACAGUUUGUACCAAGAUGUCAAAUCUCGAGAAAAUGGUGGUAUGAGCGACUUGAAAAUCCUUCUUGACCUGAAAAGAUGUUGGAAUGGCAAGUGCUCAGUCUACUGGACCGCCGCUGACUAUACCCGUACCUACAAUGACCCUGAUAGCCACAUCUUGCCGGGAAGCACUCAUGUCGAAAUGCCCAGUGGUGAUGCACCUCCACAGCAAGAUGAUUUCCCACCAGGAAUGGAAUCUCAACCAGAACCAAGUUUUCUAGACAACACUACCGUUUAUGUCCAGCAUGAUCGAAAUCAUUCUGCCGCGACUGCUCACAGUAUACCCCUUUCCACUACAAGUGAGCAAAGCAUGGUGGCACUAUCUUGUUCACUACCUCCCAAAUCUCCGAAGCGCUUUUCCUUUUCCCAUUCAAAGGGUAAAGGACCACGCCCCGUUCAAUUAGGCCUUGCAAAAACAACAUCUCCCCAUGAUCAACCACCAUCAUCGCCCAUGAUAUCGCGCCAUCCGUUCCAAGGACAUGGUCACAAGCGAAGUGCAAGCUUCUCGGACUCCGUGCGAAAUGACCGGGUCCUCAUGGUCGGUAUGGACGCAGGAUCAACAGGAACAGGGCCCAAAGAAAUACUAGAUCCUGUCAGCUUCAUUAGAGGAGCGCUUUACCCACCCGUGGAAUCUUACAUGACCAUGAUGGCACCGGAAUCACCUCCAUUGGCUCCUCCAUUGUCGAAUUCCAACCCAGACCGGAGAAGUACACCGGAUGGAGGACCCAAAACAGGAGCCUCAAACUCGGGAAUGAGAACCAUCAUUGGUUCUAUCAAACGUGCCCUCCACACAAGGAACGGCGGGCAAAGUGUUUCCGCACGAAUGACAAAUGUUUCGGAGACUAUUUCGUUGCCCAGUCGAGGGAAAACAUCUGCGAUGCCGAAUAACAUUUCUCUGGGGUCUGAGUUUUACCGUGAGAGGAAAAUGGCCGCGUAUCGCUUGCUUAUGGACGCGAAUAAUGCUCCAGAAGACCACCAAUCCCCUGGUGGUGCCCCGGGACCUCGAAUUACGUUCCAGCAAUCCUCUCCAGACUUAGGUGAAUCUUCUACUCUCCACAUACCCAGAGCCGGGGAAUCGAAGAUACAAAGCGGAAUUACUACUGGAAGUGGGUCGAUUGUCAUCGUCGAUGACACUGGGUUCGAAUUCCCUACGAUGUCUGGGGCCGUGCAGGAACAGGAUAUUACCAGUAAUACGGACCAGAAGGCUCAUUUAACUCCCAACGGGAGAGUGAAAUCGGAUUUAGAGUCGAUUGCGAAGGAAGGAGAGUAUCUCCUUCCGAUAGUCUAUAACGGCGAAAGUCCCCCGUCUACAGUUGAGGAUCCUCCCAUCCGCCGCCCUUCUGUCAUUUCAGCUCAACGAAGAUCCUACACGGAGCAUCCAACACCGCCUACAAAAAGUGUAUCACUUUCUCUUCGUCUUCGGAAGUAUGCAUCCUUCCAGAGUGGGAUUUCUAAGCAUCGCCAGUCAAUGGGCAGCGACGCAGGCAGAUCUAUUGAAAGCUCCAGCAUCGUACAAGAAUCUUCAGAUAAACAGUUUGGCCCAUCACUUCGCAGAAGACCCGGCGGAAACUUGCGACAGAUGCAGUUUGUGGACGAUCUUGACCCAACUUCGGGACGUGGAUCAUUUAUUUCUAGCCAUUCAUAUGAGAACUCUCUGGCAGAAACAACAACCACAGACGACAUCGUGUCAAGACCACCAACUGCUCUUGUUCCGCCAAAUCCCCGUUAUUCUUUGGUUCAUGGUAAACCCAAUCGCAAUAUCCGGCGUUCGUUUGAAGCAGCCAUUGCCCGCUUUGCCGACAUCCCUGAUGAUGACGACGGAGGAAUUGAAUCAACUUUGCUUAAGCUCGAGGGUAAAUGGAGCCCCCCGGCGACAAAUGCAGACCCUGACGUCACCGAUGGACAUAAUCAUGGACAUCAUCUGCCCAUGGCGAGGGACGAAUUCGGAUGGGACGCAGUUUCUCGAAGACGACAAACCGACAAAUCGGCAUAUUCUACCACCAAAGGUCGAUUAGCACCGCCACGGCCCUACUCGGACUCCGUAGCGGAGUCCGAAGAAUCAUAUAAUUCGAUUCCUCUUUUGGAAAGAGGGUUGUCCGACGAGUCAAUGAAGCGGCCUCCUACAAUCAGGACCGCUGAACGUGAUGCCCACGACGCUCCUUUGAGUCUCAUAUCGAGCAGAGAUACUUCCGAACUUGCGUCUUCCCACCCCUCAAUUCAGAUUAUUCAGAAGACAGAAAGUCUGCGGCGGAUUCCUCGCGGCUCGACAAACCCCGACUCGGCUUAUCUCAGUGCCGGACAGGUGACACCGAGGCGCCUUUCGGCCCUGUCCUCUGAGCUAUCUGUCGAUAUGAUUGAUCCACGUGAAGCCAUGCAGGGUCGUACCUCAUUCGAUACUCGUAGCCUCACAGCGUCAACUUUGGAUAUUCCGCCUCAUCCUUUGGCGCACCCACCCUCACCUCCCAUGACCAUCCAACACCCUGGCUCCUUCGGCUCCUGUACCUCGCCAAUGGACAAGGUACUUUUCCAGGCUCAACCUCUUACACCGGACACCUCCCCUCGACGUCGGGAAGGGGAUACACAUACCCAGAUAUCCAGACACGUACCUCAGUUUUCAAGUGAUGUCCUCUCGAAUUCCGAGAAGAACCGUCCUGCUCUCAACCCGCUCAACUCUGGCCCCAGCCAUGUCCCUUUUGUGCUUGCCUGCGAGUCCCAAGUCUUGGCCCAGCAACUCACUCUGGUUGAGAUGGCGGCCCUAAGCGAAGUUGAUUGGCGUGAUUUGGUCGAUAUGAGAUGGGGCAAUGGCUCGCCCUGCAUCCUCAGCUGGGUACAGUUCCUCGCCGCAGAAGAACACAAGGGCAUUGAUCUAGUUGUCGGUCGUUUCAAUCUUAUGGUGAAAUGGGUUGUAUCUGAAAUCGUUCUGACCGUUGAUAUCCAUGAACGGGCGCGAACGAUCAUCAAGUAUAUUCACACCGCCGCUCAUGCUCGCCGCAUCUGCAAUUAUGCCACUAUGCUUCAGAUCGCCAUCGCUUUGGCUUCAUCCGACUGUUCUCGGCUAUCAAAGACCUGGGGACUGGUUCCCCAGGAAGACAAACGUCUGUUCAAAGAUAUGGAGUGUCUGAUUCAGCCUGUUCGCAAUUUCCACGAUCUUCGGGUCGAGAUGGAAACAGCCAAUCUCCAGGAAGGCUGCAUUCCAUUUAUCGGCUUGUAUGUACAUGACCUUACCUAUAAUGCACAAAAGCCUGCUCAAGUCAACAGCAGUGCGGGUGGCUUGUUGGUUAACUUUGAACGUUACCGCACUGCUGCCCGUAUCGUCAAGAGCUUGCUUCGCUUGAUCGACGCCAGCACCAAGUACCGCUUUGAGCCCGUGCAAGGCAUCAUUGAGCGGUGCUUAUGGAUCGCGUCCUUGUCCGAAGAUGACGUUCAAGCCCGUAGCAAGCGCCUUGAGUGA